AUGCACCGCAUUUUGCGUCCUCUUGUCCUUUCCCCCCUUACGAUCGUUUUGCCGUCUCUUGUUUACCGCUCUCCUAGACCAUUGGUGGCCGUCAUUGCACUCACCGCCGGCUUCGAUGACGGCCAGCCCUCUUGCGACACCACAUCCUGCCUAGCUACCGGCCACACCACUGCGCUUGCUUUCUUUCUUCUGCUUCCUCUCGUUCUGGCGUUUCUGUUGCCGAAGAUUGCCGCUCACAUGGGGAGCACAUCCACCGAAUUGACGCCGCUCAACAUCGUUCAAGAUAAUUCAGAUGAAUGCGAGUUUCCCAGCGCUGGUGGAGAUGCAGGAGUCCGCAAAAUUAAAUUAUCACAACUUAAAUGGGAGCAGCUCAAGUGUUUAUGUCAGGAACUUAAGCUGGGCUCUAGCGGGACAAAAGCAAUGUUAGUCGCUUGUUUGAAGGAAUAUAGCAGCAAGCGGGACAAUUGGAACCUCUCGAAACCUGGUGUCCACCAUCCUCAUAAGGGCCUGCGUGCUGAUACAAAGAAGGCUCUCAAGGGCUCACACAAGCGGCGUGCCGAAAUUAUCAAGGAGAUGGAUCUGGGAGUCGUGCAGCGUUCGAAGGACACUCGCUCCCAGCAGCAAAAAGAAGACAUGGUUCUUUGGGCAAAGAAAUACAUAUGUAACCAUCCCCCUCGGCCUUGA